AUGUACAUAGGUCUUCCCAGAGCAGCGUUUGCAUAUACGUACGUACUUGUUUGCUUGAGAGAGCAUGGUGAAUUUUUGAAAGGGACCGGAGGAAUCAAUGACCUUUCUCCAUUGGUCUCAGGCGUAUAUCAACCCCAGUCUACGGCUCUACUGCUCUUCCACGUUAACCCCCACCACGCCUGCCGGCGCCCUGCUGGCGCUCUUCCAGCCUAUUUCGCACAACAAUUGAAGCAUUGCCUUGGCAUGACUUCAGCCACCGAAACUAACACGGACCGAAAAUCUCUCUGGCAAAAGAUCGCGGACAACCUCAACUUUUAUCGAGUCCAUCUGCUAUUUUUCACAUUCACACCUCUUAUCUUCUCUGUCAUCUUCUACUUGAGCAAUGGCCGAUAUCAUAUCAGCUAUAUCGACUCGUUGUUCAACUGCGUCAGCGCCAUGACAGUCUGUGGAUUGGCUACAAUAAACCUCAGCUCGUUGACCGGCUUUCAGCAAGCCUUAUUGUUUAUACAAAUGAGUCUGGGCAAUCCGGUUAUUGUCUCAUGGGUGAUGGUUCUUAUUCGGAAAUACUUUUUCGCGAAGAGAUUCGAGCACAUUGUCCAGGCAAUUGCGGCGGAAAAGGCGGCGAAGAUGGUGGAACGUGCUGGAAAGGAUAACAAACCAUGGCCGCGUCGGAUAAAGGCUUUCUUCACAGGAAAAAGUGUCAAUGUUGUCGAUGAGGAGCUGGCACGUACGGAGUCGCCGAAGAGCCACGGCAGCGUUAUUCGCAAGUUGAGGCCAGACAUGAUCCGGCGUAUGGACGACGCCCCGAAAUUGAUUAACCCCAGCGGCUGGGUAACGGAAGGCCGACCCCCUUCGCUGAAGCAGAAGAUGUCUUUUGUCCAUCCUCGUCUAGAAAUCAAAACAGAAGAACCUGUUGCGAAGUCGAUAUCCAACCCUGCUCCCCAUCUGCCUGCCCCUCCUGCCCCUCGAGUGCGGAGGAGCGUAUCUGCCGACUUCACAACCCGCCGGAGAGGCCGACGUUUGUCAGACCCUGGGCACCCAUCGAGGCCAUCAUCCCCUGUAAUGACUGCCAAAAUGCAUCGUUUCGAUACUGUCGCUGAGUUGACUCCUACCAGCAGUCCCAACGGCUCCCCGAAACGGUUCCCUCGUACCCAAACCGUGGAAUUUGCUCCUGCCCCAAGACGAAGAGAUCGAGUUCAACCUCGCGGCAUUCCGGAGCAUAGUCCACUUACCGAGGAACCUCAGCAACUUCUUUCUCCUCCGACGGAAAUCCGCUCCAUUCGCAGUCGCCGUCCGUCAGUUGGCCCACAGAUGUCUGCGCGGACGCCUAGCCACUAUAGUGGUUAUCCAGAAAGGAGAAGCAUGCACCGCGGCUACGGUGGUUUUCCGAUGCCAUGGGCUAUCCUCAAAUCGCUGUUCGGAAAAUUAUUCCCCAAAGCCCAGCAGAAGCUCGUUCGUACCAUAACAAUUCCUGCGACCGUGUCGAUUACACCCAACGCUGUCGGCGCCGAUGGCGACAAGAAACGUGUACCCUAUAUAUCUUUCGACGCCACUGUUGGCCGAAAUUCAACGUUCUAUCUCCUGACAAGCGACCAGCUGGACGAGAUCGGCGGUGUGGAAUACAAAGCACUGAAUCUACUUCUGUGGAUUGUUGCCGUCUACCAUGUCUUAAUCCAGCUUAUAUCUUUCGUCAUUUUGGCUCCUAUCUUUUCUGCUCGGAAAUACGCGGACGUCUUCACAGAGGAACAAGUUCGCCCUUUAAACAGUGUUUGGUUCUCGGCCUUUCAAGUCGUUUCUUCCUAUACCAACACCGGAAUGUCCUUGGUCGACCAGUCAAUGGUUCCCUUUCAAGAUGCUAGAGGUGCCGUUCUUGUCAUGAUCUUUCUGAUCUUGGCUGGCAAUACGUCUUUCCCAAUUUUCCUACGCUUUUCGAUUUGGAUUUUCAGCAAGGUUGUCAGAGGGAAUAAAUCGCACUUACUUGAAACUCUCCAGUUCUUGCUGGACCAUCCACGUCGAUGCUUCACACAUCUCUUUCCUUCCCAUCAAACGUGGUUUCUCCUUACUGUAGUGCUUGGACUAACAUUGAUCGACUGGUUCUUUUUCCUCAUUCUGGACCUCAACAACCCCGCCUUCGCAAGCAUUCCUACCAACAUUCGUGUCCUGGACGGUUUCAUGCAAGCUAUCGCUGUGAGAGCUGCUGGUUUCGGAAUUGUGUCUCUUUCAAGCCUCGCACCUGCUGUGAAAGUACUUUUUGUCAUCAUGAUGUACAUCAGUGUUUAUCCUAUUGCCAUGAGCGUUCGUUCUACGAACGUCUACGAGGAACAAUCUUUGGGUGUCUUCCCCAAGGAUCUCGAAGAUGAUGAGGACUUCGUGCCCCACGGUUCCCGAAUGACAGUUUGGAGUCGUUAUCUGGCUAUGCAUGCGCGAAAACAGCUGGCUUUCGAUAUGUGGUGGAUAGCAUUAUCUUUAUUUGUUAUUUGUAUUAUCGAGGAGAACAACCUUACCAACCCGCAAUUCUUGUCGUGGUUCAAUAUCUUUAACAUUAUCUUUGAGCUAGUUUCUGCGUACGGAACUGUUGGACUGAGUCUGGGCAUUCCUGGGCAAAACUAUUCGCUCUCCGGGGCCUUGCAUCCUUUAUCGAAGCUCAUCAUUUGCCUUGUCAUGCUUCGAGGCCGCCACCGUGGUUUGCCUAACGCUAUAGACCGGGCUAUCAUGCUUCCAACCGAGUUGGAGAAAAAGGACGAGGCUAUCGCUGAUGCCCGCAGCCAAUUUUCUGCCGGUGGAGCAGAAACGCUCAACAACCAACCGUUCAGAUAUUCAGAAACGAUGAACAGCCUCCACCCGUCGGAGUUACGGCAAAGGUCGCGUCGUUUUUCUCGAAGUUAUGGAGACGAGGAGGCGAAUUUCUUUUCUGGGAAUGGAAUCAAGUCAGAGAUCAGCCCAGACGACCUUCGGGCACCCCUUCACGACAGCAAAUCUCAAUAA